GACAACCUCCUCGCCACCAUCUGGUCUGCCUUAUGUUCUUCACAGAAAACCUAAAGACAAGGGGGGCACCACACUAAGUAUGGGACGUCCAGGAACCUUUAGUAUUCGUGAUCGUCAACAGAUGGUGUGGGUGCUGGAGGGAGAGUCAUUAAUCGCAGUUCCUUCUAGCAAAAGAGUCAAACCUGCUACUGUUUUCUCAGUGCCAUGCACAGACCCGGACAUCUCUAAUGAAAAAGGCAGUCCGAUAUACCUGGGAGUCAAGGAAGAUCUGUGUCUGUUCUGUGCAGAAAUUGAGGGCCGGCCAACUUUGCAGCUUAAGAAGGAAAGCAUAAUGAAACUGUACCAGGAGAAGAAGGCACAGAAGUCCUUUCUCUUUCUGCGUGGCAUAGAGGGCUCCACCUCCUCCUUCCAAUCCGUCGCCUGCCUCGGCUGGUUCAUAGCCACUUCCUCACAGGUGGGACAGCCUGUCACCCUCACCAAUGACAGGGGCAAAACUUACAACACCAACUUCUAUUUCAGACACCUGGGGGAGGACACUUGCAGGGACCUGCUUGGCACUCAUGCAUGCGCAAAGGAAGUAAGAGGGAGCUGCUCCAGAGGAGACCUUCACCAGUGGGGGAUGGGAGUGGGUGGGAAAUGCUACCUCUCCCAUCACUUGGUGGACAAUUCUGAGAUGCAAUCUAUGUACAUGGUCCUCAGAGGGUCCCAGCAGGACUUGGUCAUAGCUGCCCAUGGCAGUGCUGAGCCCAAGAACACAUCCUUGCGUUGGCUGCCCUAG